AUGAGUUAUACCGACCGUUUGAAGAUGCUCUUUGACGGAGACGAUGCCAAUCUACUUAACCUGGAUGUCGGCCUGCGGGAGAUGAAGAUUGAUACUCAGAAUAAACCUCAUCAGGAUCAGGCCGCAGCUUUGCCCCUGAUCGAUGUCGUUGCAGAGUUCGAAGUUACCAACUCUGUAGACAAGCAGGAUGUGGCCUCGACGGAGGUCGCCACCGAGAUCCACGAAGCGGAGCCUGGAAUAGAGACUCGAGCAUCCGAGGAAGAUAUCCCUGUUGCUAUUUUUCAGCUACAACCUGGAGUGACUACCUACUUCUGUGCUAUCGACAACCUGGCCAGGCCAUACAAAUAUAUCAAGGGACGUGCCCUGAAGCGUAUUGAAGAGAAAUUCUUCAGUCAAGGGAAAUUCUGGGAGCGGACGUGGGACUUGUACCAUGUUCGUGUGCCACGCAGUAUUUUCUUUGAGCCUCUGCUUUUUACUCCGGCAGCACAGGCUCAAGUGCUUAUUGAUGAAAUCAACAAGGAAUUUGGCUGCAGUCUCAGCCUCCCCCUGGACGAAGCACGAGGGUUGACCGUCCCAUUUACCCCUGACGGAACCCCCCAGCCGGAGUACAUAGGAACUUCCACCAACCGAGAGAUGAAGAGUGACCUGAGCAGUGCGUCCGUCGAAAGAUGCAAAGAGACCCCCAUCGAGUUCCCAGAAGAAGGAGACGUCCGUUUUGCACAGUUCUGUAGAAGAAUGAAGAUUGUAUUUGACGUCAGGUACCGUGUGGACAAGAGGCCCACCAACACUAGCGGCCAACAGAAGGUAUAUAACAUCCGCCGCUGGAACCGCCAGCUUAAGCGAACUCAGUGCAGUCUAGGGCUCCUUCCUCGAAUGCCUCGAGGUCCUUCCAAAAGGGACGAAGCUACUGUCGGUCUCGCUUGCCUACCCGCCGAGCCAUCAUGGGAACAACAACAACAACAACAACAACAACAACAACAACAAGGGCCGGCUGGUGAUGAAACCACUGUUGCAAAUGGUGCCGUUCUGGAACCACUCGACGUAGAGAAACCCGUUCCAUUUCCCUUUGCAGAUGAAGCCAUCUUCAUCUCUAUCGACGUCGAGUCCAACGAACGGGACCAUAGCCAGAUCACUGAGGUCGGGGUCUCUACUUUGGAUACCCUGGACCUGGUGGGAGUUCCGCCCGGAGAAGGUGGACGAAACUGGAUGGACAAGAUCCAGUCCCGACAUUUCCGCAUUUCUGAAUAUAAACAUAUCAGGAAUAAGAAGUUUGUGUCGGGGUGUCCUGACGAGUUUGCCUUUGGCCGCAGCGAGUUCGUUCGCCUUGCAAGGGCUGCCCAAGUGGUUGACUCGUGCUUUCGGCCACCUUACUCCGGCCAUAUCACACAUAGUCAGCCGAAGGAAGAUGGUUCCGAGGAGAGGCCCCGUGGAGAAGACAGUCAAUCACAUCCACGGCCCUCUGGGGAUGGUAGACGUCAGUCAAGAGGUCGCUCCUCUCGACGGGGCGACAGACGUCAAUCGCACCCUCGGCCCUCGAGAGAAGGAGACACAGACCAGUCGCAAUCGCCCGACGGCGGAGUCAGACUACCAUCCGCGCCCAACGACUCUCCACAGAGGGGAGGACGGAGCAGAAAGCGGCAGCAGCGGUCUCCAGUAUCAGACGCGAGCCCCAGCACCGCUCGAUCCCCGGGCCAACAACAUCCAGCCCAGCCUCCGGUCUCACCAGUAAAAGAAUACAAGACGAGACCACGCAACCUCAUCCUUGUCGGCCACGGCCUCUCUGGGGAUAUCAAAUCCCUGGACAAACUAGGCUGUUGGACCUUCACUCCAGAAAUCUACGCUGCGCGGGAUGGCGAUGAAACCAAAAUGCUUCCCUGCUUCCACGACGCAUCGGACUCAGCCAACCUCUAUCGCGUUCUCAAACGCGAUUACCAGCCAACUUCCCUCGGCGCCAUCCUGACCGACCUGGGUAUCGCUCCCUGGCACCUUCACAACGCCGGGAACGACGCCCGCUACACCCUCGAAGCGGUGGUCGGAAUAGCCAUCAAGACCGCACAAGCCGAUGCCACGGCUGAAAGCGAGCGAGAUGCGCUACGAGCCAGGGAGGCACCAGAGCCAACGAGUCCUGCAGUGCUAAUCACGCCUCGGUCAAGCGAGGAAGAUCUGCACUUUCGUCGUGAGGUAGAGCGCUUAUCUAAGAAGCGCUCGCGCAAGCGCGAGAAGAACGUUCUGGAGGAGUGCGAGGCGUGGGAGGACGGGAUGGGGUGGAGCGCGGCUCCGACGAGGGCGAAGGAGGACAUGGACGGCGGCUUGCCGCAAGGAGUGGACUACACUCCCUGA